AAACGAGAUGAAGAAAGCAAGUGGAGUCAGCGAGUCCACUGACACAUUCACCCUGGAGCCCAGCUUAGAGAAUGCAGGGCUAAAGCUUACGGAAGAAGGAGCAAGUCCUGAGGAAACCAAAAGGACUGAAGUAGAGGGACACAGCCUUCAGGAUGACCUAGGGCCUCCCCAUCAUCUGAGGAGAAAUCUACAGCCUUUUGUUAAGGCAAGAAGUUUAUGGGAAAGACAUGCCAGCUUGUUCAAGAAGAUCAUGUUGGGCCUGUUGUGUGUUGCUUAUGCUGCUUACUUCCUGGCAGCUUGCAUCCUGGAUUUCCAGAGGGCACUGGCGUUGUUUGUCAUCACAUGCUUAGUAAUAUUUGUCCUGGUUUCUCACUAUCUAAAAAAGUUCUUUGGCAAAAAAUUAAUAAGCUAUCUGGAGCCCUUUAGAAACCCUCGCCUGAGACACUGGAUGAAAUGGGGGUUCUCAGGACUCUCGGUUGUGGGCCUCAUCCUGUGGUUGGCUCUCGACACAGCUCAAAGGCCGGAACAGCUGAUCUCCUUUGCAGGAAUUUGUAUGUUCAUCCUCAUCCUGUUUGCCUGCUCCAAACACCACAGUGCAGUGUCCUGGAGAACGGUGUUUUGGGGCUUGGGUCUUCAGUUUGUCUUUGGGAUCGUGGUCAUCAGAACAGAUCCUGGAUUUAGUGCAUUUCAGUGGCUGGGGGAACAGAUCCAGAUUUUCCUGAACUACACUGUGGCUGGUUCCAGUUUUGUCUUCGGGGAGGAGCUGAUCCAAAAUGUCUUUGCUUUUCAGUCCUUACCAAUCAUCCUUUUCUUUGGAUGUGUGAUGUCCAUUCUGUAUUAUCUGGGCCUCGUGCAGUGGGUAAUUCAGAAGAUUACCUGGGUUUUGCAAGUCACCAUGGGAACCACUGCCACAGAGACCCUGGCUGUAGCAGGGAACAUCUUUGUAGGGAUGACAGAUGCGCCUCUACUCAUCCGUCCCUACCUUGCAGACAUGACUCUUUCUGAAAUCCAUGCAGUGAUGACUGGAGGCUUUGCCACCAUUGCAGGCACUGUGUUGGGAGCCUUCAUAUCCUUCGGGAUCGAUGCAUCAUCCUUGAUUUCUGCCUCUGUGAUGGCUGCCCCUUGUGCUCUCGCCUUGUCUAAGUUAGUCUAUCCAGAAGUAGAAGAGUCCAAGUUCAAGAGUAAAGAGGGAGUGAAACUGCUUCGUGGGAAGGAGAAGAAUAUCUUGGAAGCUGCCAGUAAUGGAGCCACAGAUGCCAUAGCUCUUGUUGCUAAUGUAGCAGGAAAUUUGAUUGCCUUUUUGGCUGUUUUGGCCUUCAUCAAUGCUACUCUCUCCUGGCUGGGAGAGCUGGUGAAUAUACAUGGGCUCACCUUCCAGGUCAUCUGUUCCUAUGUCCUAAGGCCCAUGGUUUUUAUGAUGGGUGUAGAAUGGGCAGACUGUCCAGUGGUGGCUGAAAUAGUGGGAAUCAAAUUCUUCAUAAAUGAAUUUGUGGCCUACCAGCAACUAUCUCAAUAUAAGAACAGACGUCUAUCUGGAGUAGAAGAAUGGAUCGAGGGCGAGAAACAGUGGAUUUCUGUGAGAGCUGAAAUCAUUACAACAUUUGCACUCUGUGGAUUUGCCAAUCUUAGUUCCAUAGGAAUCACACUGGGAGGCUUGACAUCCAUUGCACCCCAGCGGAAGAGUGACUUUUCUAAGGUUGUGGUCAGGGCCCUCUUCACAGGAGCCUGUGUAUCACUUAUCAGUGCCUGUAUGGCAGGAAUCCUCUAUGUCCCGAGGGGAGCUGAAACUGACUGUGUCUCCUUCCUGAACACAAGUUUCGUCAACAGAACGUAUGAAACCUAUGUGUGUUGUAAAGAGCUCUUUCAGAGUACUUCUCUGAAUGGCACCAACCUACCCUCUUUCUCGGGCCCCUGGGAAGACAAGGAAUUCAGUGCCAUGGCCCUUACUAACUGCUGUGACCUCUACACCAAUGCUGUCUGUGCCUAAGACUAGUUGGUCCAUUUUCAUAGUAAUACCGAUCUUAACAGUUCUUUGAUGGCAAAGACAUUUGUAUACACGGGAUUCCCGUUCUGUUAGAACUCUUUAAGAUUUAUAAAAGCAAAUGUAAAAGAUUGAUUUUUGAGUCACCAUA